GCCACAGCAAUAUACAAGAGGUUUUCAGACUGAGAGACUGCAAGCGACACGAUCACAGACCCGUCAAUCGCAAUCCUCUGCUUUGCCAUGGCGAUAAAAGAAAAAACAGCAACACAAGAGGCUUUCUGGGACAUGGAUUGGGAGGAAGGCAGAACCAUGGAGGGACUGUGUAUAACCCACUGGGUGAACAGCCCAGUCCGCCACCAGGCCCUGUUCCAAGGAAGGGACUUGGACGACUGUGUGGAGGACCAUGACCUGUUCGCCCUGCCCGGGCCUGCCUUCCCCGACCCUGGGGUAGUGAGGCCCGACCCUGAGGUAGUGAGGCCCGACCCAGGGGUAGUGAAGCUAGAAGGGGUCUGCGACGGUACUACCACAACCCAACCCCAGCGGACUGAGCCUGUUUUCCAGGUGCUUCUGGACGUGUCCCAGUUCAGACCUGAGGAUAUCAUGAUUCAGGUGUUUGAAGGAUGGCUCUUGAUCAAGGCUCAGCAUGGAGCCAGAAUGGAUGAACAUGGGUUUGUUACCCGAAGCUUCACCCGCCAGGACCCACUGCCUGAGAAACUACAGCAGGCGGGGGGUCUGAGGGCUCUGCUAUGUCAUGAUGGGAUACUGGUGGUGGAAUCCAAACAGAGAACACCUGUUAGGAUACAACACAGUGAGGAGGACCCCUAUUGAUUAUUGACUGUAUGAAUAAAUAUGAAUAUGUAUAUUUAAUUUGGUAAAUGGACAGAGGGAAGUUCCUCUCCAGUCAUUGAAAACGUAUGAUAUCUAUGACAUAAAUGGGAAUGCUAAGCAUGAGGCUUUCAGCAUCAGUGACGAUAUUCUUUUUUACAGUACAAAUUUUAUGAGAUUGUUUAGAAAUUGUUCACUGUUGAAAGAAGAGACUUAAAAAAUGUGAUAGAACAAUAAAUAUUGUUAUCAGAUGUUAUCGGUCUAAGGCACUGCAUCGCUAGAGGUGUCACUACAGACCCCGGUUCGAUCCCGGGCUGUAUCACAACUGGUC